AUGACGGCGCUCUUUCACUUCCAGUCGCUCCUUCUCGUGGUGCUGCUGGUCAUCUGCACCUGCACCUAUAUCCGCGCGACGGCGCCGGCGCUCGUGGACCGCAACCGGAAAGGCAUGCUCGGCGUGUUCUUCAAGGCCGCUCGCAUCGGCGAGCGAUUGUCCCCCUACUGUUCCCUGGCGUGUGUGGCCAUGGCCGUGUAUAUCGUUACGUAG